AUGCAGGGUGUCUAUAGGUUUAAACCGGUCCGUGAACAAUUUUUAAUUGGUUAUGAUCACGGCUUAGCACAUCGUCUACAACAAGAUGAAUUUGCUGUUCAUUUUGAUCGUAAUCGUUCUCAACGACGUAGGUCGGGAUAUAAUUGUCGCAUAGGCGUUGGUACGGCGAAAGAAGUACAGAGAGAAGAAGAAACAGCUUAUAUAACUAAACAAUUUGAUUCGAAUAAAGAGAAAUGGAUCAUCGGAGUGAAUGAUGCCGAAUUUGCAAAAUAUUUACAAAAUGAACUACUGAAACAGUCCAGCGUUGAGUUCGAGCGAGCAACUUUAUGGGAUUAUUAA